CGGGGUCACGCGUCCAGCCCCUGCUCCAUCCUGCACUUGGGCUGCAGAAUGUUUUGUGGGCUCUAACCCAGCAAAGAUCUGAUAAUCUCACCCCCCCUCCCACCCCCUUUCUGUGGGAUGUGGGGAGGAGGGAGGGGAAAGGCCUGGAGGGAGGAGUGGGCAUUGUCACCUGCAUGGGGACCCAUUGGUGGCCUUGUGUUGUUCUUGCAGAAGGCUUGCGGGAGUAUUUCAGCCAGUUUGGCGAGGUGAAGGAGUGCCUGGUCAUGAGGGACCCGCUGACAAAGCGUUCCAGGUGAGGGGGAUUCGGGUUUGUCACCUUCAUGGACCAGGCUGGCGUGGACAAGGUUCUGGCCCAGGAAAUCCAGACACGCAGACUUGACUCCCAAGGACGAGUGGCAUUUCCUCGCAGAGCACAACCCAAGAUGGUGACACGGACCAAGAAGAUAUUUUUUGUAGGGAGAGCCUAUCGGUUGAACACUACACCGAGUAAGGAGGAUGUAAAACAGUAUUUUGAACAAUUUGGGAAGGUGGAUGAUGCUAUGCUCAUGUUUGACAAGACGACUAACCGGCACCGAGGGUUUGGUUUCGUCACAUUCGAAAGUGAAGAUAUUGUGGAGAAAGUCUGCGAGAUCCACUUCCAUGAGAUCAAUAACAAAAUGGUGGAAUGUAAAAAAGCUCAGCCAAAGGAAGUGAUGUCCCCCACUGGCUCUGCAAGGGGGCGGUCCCGAGUGAUGCCUUAUGGGAUGGAUGCCUUUAUGCUUGGGAUUGGCAUGUUGGGCUACCCUGGCUUCCAGGCUGCCACCUAUGCCAGCCGGAGUUACACGGGCAUCGCGCCUGGCUACACUUAUCAGUUUCCUGAAUUCCGUGUAGAGCGGACCCCUCUCCCGAGUGCCCCCGUCCUCCCUGAGCUCACAGCCAUUCCUCUCACUGCGUAUGGACCAAUGGCAGCAGCUGCUGCUGCAGCAGCUGUGGUGCGAGGGACAGGCUCCACCCCAAGCCGUACCGGUGGCUUCCUGGGCACUACCAGUCCUGGGCCAAUGGCAGAACUUUAUGGAGCAGCCAAUCAGGAGUCAGGAGUCAGCAGUUACAUCAGUGCAGCAAGUCCUGCCCCAAGUACCGGCUUUGGGCACAGCCUAGGGGGGCCUUUGAUUGCAACAGCUUUCACUAAUGGUUACCACUGAAAUUGUGAACCAAGAAUGGAGAUUCCCCAGUGAACAAACCAAGGACAGUGAUCUGGAGGAUCUGGCAAAACUCAAGGGAUGAGCCAAGAUUUCAUUGUAAUAAAUAAAACUGCACACGCUGCCGGCUGUCGGCCGGGCUUCCGCUAGCCUGCCCUGAUCUCUCCUAUUGCCCAGAAAGCACUGGAUUUGAAUGCAAGGAGAUCUUCUCUUCUUUUGUUACUAACCACAGACCGUUUACACUUCUCCUCAAACCCUCCGACCCACAGAUUCUUCUUUUAUUUAUUUUGUUAGUUUGUUAGUUUUUAUUUUUUAUCUUUUGGGGGAGGGGACAGAGGAGGGAAAGGAGGUGAGUCCUCUCAAUUUUUUUUGUUAUUGUUGCUGUUUUGCUCUUUUUUGGAGCCAGUAGAACCAUUUUAUGAAUUGGAUUUCUGUGAUCGUGCAUAGGUAGCUUUAUUGAGGAAUAUUUUUAUUUUGGUUUGGAAAUCUUUUUUUGUUAUAUAUAUAUAUAUAUAUUGUGAGUGGGGAUGUGAUGGGACAGGCUCGGUCAUGAGAAAAAGUCAUUUUUAAAGGACGUUGAUAUAAACUGAAAGUUUUGAAGGGAAGAGAAAGCUGAGAGGCAUUGAUACGAUUAAUGAUUUUUCUCUUUUUUCUGUCAAUGUGAAGUUUUAAAACGUGCAGAAUUAGCAGGAUGUGAACGCUCGGAGGGCAUUGCUGUGGAACAAACGCAAACUGUAUAUUUUGCUAAGUGAAAAAAAACACUAUUCCCUAUGGGUUGAAAAGAAAGUUUUUUUUCUUCUUUUUCUCUAGAUUUUAGGUUUCUGUGGGUUUAUUAUUGUUAUGCUUUUUCUUCACCUUCCUGUAUCUCUUGUAAAUACGACAACGGGUUCCUGGGCCUUGUCUCCACACAGCAAUUUUGGGUUUGCUUUCUUUUUUCUUUUUUCCUUCUGGGCUUUGAUGCCGUAAAUGUGAGCAAUACUCUCCAGUUGGACCACGAUGAACCUCCUUUCUUUUUUAUACCUUUUAAUGUAAGAUUUUAAGACCUCUGAUGCGACAGAAGUGUGGUGGGGUGGGUACGAGGGGUGUACGUGUGUGCGCGUGCGCAGGGGUGGAGAAGGGAGGUGGCUGAACCAGCUGUGAGCCGUCUCGCUGAGCGGUUUCAGCAGGCAUUGCUUCUGUUGCAGCGCCAGCAAAGGGCUUCAGCUGCCACCACUGGUCUCUGCGAACACUGUUGAUGAACUUUAACUCUCCCAAUAUUUAUUGCUUCCUGCAGAGGGGUCGUAGCCCACAGGGAGGCUUGGAGUACUGUGGCAUGGGGCAUUGAGGUGACAAUUCAGACACUGGACAAAGGAAGUCUUGCUAACUAGGGAGAUUCAGAAUGCUUCUCAGGGAUCCUGUGAGAGAAAAGCUUCAGCUUCUCACUGUCCUUACGCAGCCGUUAUGGAACUGGCCGAACGAGAGGUGCUGGUUGAAGAAGGGCAGUCUGCACACCUCCUCAGAGGCUCUCUCCAUGCAGAUGGCAGUCCUCACCUGUGUUUCCCACUAAAUAUUCCCUCCCUUGUGUUUCAUAGAGUCUCGGGUUCUUUUACUCCCAUUGUCAAAAACUGCCAAGACUGAGACCAGGAUCCAGGAAAGUCCCCCUAUAGCAUUUUUGGGGGACAUUCAUGUGCAGAUAGUAAUUUAAACCUGUUUUCUCUAUAGGCAUCUUCGCAUGUGGGUGCUCCAUUCUGCAGUCUGCAUUGCACUACUUAGUUGGUGGGGUGGCUAACUAGUGGCUGGCCUUCCCUCAGUGGUGGGGUUGGCUUUUAUGGGCUUUCAGGUAUCAUCUGACUCUUGAACGUAACCUAAAUCAUGAGAAUUGGGAGAUAUCUGAAAGCCCAUCGAGAGCAGCCACUUCUGAAAUCAGAAUCUGCUUUCCCCAGAGGCACAUCUGCCUUGAUGAAGAAACCAGAGCAUCGCUCUCCACCAUGAGAUUUGGAUACUGUUUUGGGCAGUCCUUGAGGCUACAGCACUGCUGAAGUUAAGCAUGUGUGGGGAUGGAUCAGCCCCUUGGAUGAGAGACUUCUGCAUCCCUAUGUUAAAUGUAGGAUUUGUCUCAUAAGUAAAUUGAGGACUGCUCUUGGACUCAUAGCUUUCUUCUUCUAGUCUCUUUCCCUACAAACUCAGUUAACUGGACCAUUUUAUUCAUUACCUGGUCUAGGUGCACACCUGAGAAGUUUUAAGUACACAUCUAAGAGUGCAAAAUGUAAAUGCGGCAAACCCACAUAUUCUGGAAGUAUACUCCUCAGGGGGCCUCGUGGGCUGCCACUCCUUUUUGAGGGUGCCCUCAGUAGCAAACUGAACUGACUCUGCGUAAUGUGAAAAAUGGUCCUUAAAUUAAUGAAACUUCCCAGUUACAGCAAGAACCUUGAGGGAUAACUGUUUUUAGGGGCAAGUUUGGGUCUGACAUUUGUUUAUACUUGAACCAAAGACCUUGCUUAAGGGGAGCAACUGAGCCUUCUAUUAAGAUGCAGGGUGACAUUUACUCCCAGGGAAAAUAAUGUAGCUUCAUCUUAAAUUGUAAAGAAUGCCUUUCCUUUCCCCUCCCCCCUUCAAACUUUGCCCAUCACAGCAGGAACAGGUAGGGUAGGAGUCCGCUGUCCUUCCCUCCUUAGGCUGGCAACAACGAGAGUUGAAAACUGUGAUGGGUCUUCAGAACCCAUCGUAAGCACCCCAUUUCUUUUUUGACCGAAUGUGUUUUUCAUUGGUUUUGGUGGUGAGGGGUUUUUGGGGCAUUACUACAAGGAGCAUCCCUCAUUUGACCAGUGACUACACUGAGAGAUGAAAAAUGGAAGAGUUCAUUCAAUGUAGCAUAAAGCAAUUGUGGACCGUACCAUUUUGAGUUGUCAGAGUGGUGGGAAUGGUGCAUGUUGGAAUGCCCUGUCAGCUUAAAAAAAGGGGGGGAAACCCUCUUACGUUAAGAAAAUCAGCAUAAGUGUGCUGUCUAUCCUUCUCCCUGAAAUGCUAGUGUUUGGUUUGCAUAUUGGAAUGCAAACAUCAUGGAGAGUGGAUUCCCCUUCACCUGCAGCCCAAAGUGGUACAAUCCAUCUUUCCUAUUCAAUUCUAAUUGUAUAAAAACUGGCACCUGAACGGGCGUCCCAUGGGUAAGGAUGACUCCAUCAGAAGGCUUCAACUCUCUAGGGGGGAAAAUCCUUUCCCUCUUUCCACUUCUCCCCAUAGAAUUGCUCUCUUGUCCAUGGAUUUGAAGUAUUACAGGCCCCCACCCUAAGCAGCUUGAAAAAUAUUGGGAGAGUUCUCUUUUGGGGGUAGGGUGGGAAGAAGGGGGGUACUUAGCUAAUUAGUAAUGGAAACACAAAGCAAUAAUUUUUGUUACUGAGACGAGUCUUGUGUGUCUGUUUUUUUAAAAAAACAAAUGAAAUUAAAGAGCAGCAGCAAUUGAUUGGGUUUUAUUUUUAUUCUCUCGUCUUCAACUUUGGAGGCUACAGAUGGCACUCUGCCUCCUCCAUGGUACCUGUGCUGAGCUGCUUCUGUGCCCAUUUCCCAACCGGUAUUGGCUGUACUGAGGUCUAGAAUUUUCAUUCCAGCCCUCUUGGCUGCUGCCUAGAAUUGGAGCUGUGGUUGGGAAGUGGCGGUGUGUGUGCGCGUGCGUGUUUUUAAAAAAAAUAAAGCUGUGGUUUUUAUUAAGCCAGUUUUAUUACACAUCAAUGUUUAUUCUCUCCAUACCUGUAACCCCCUUUUCCAGAUUUUCAGUUUAAAAUUCCUAAUAAAUUAUUUGAAAAUGG